AUGACGGUGAAGAAGGCAGGGGAAGAACCAGACACAGACAAACUGAUCAGCAGAAGAGAUGACACCUCACUGCAAGGCACAGUGACUAUCACCACGGCCGCAAGAGAAGCAGGAGAAGAAGAAGAAGAUGUGGAAAUGAGAGCAGUACUCUCACAGCUCAGUGACAUUAUUAUCUUCAUCUUUAACCUGGCUUUCUUGACAGUCACAGAGGCCACAGCCACACCAUGA